AUGACAAAUAAUCUAAAAUUCUAAAGAUUGAAUAAAGCUUUGCCAAAUAUAUAGCCAUUUUAAUAUACAAAUAUAUAAUAGGAUUGUUAAGAUGGAUCAAGUACAGAUAGAGUAAUAAAUUUGGUAAAUAAAGUCAAGGCGAAGCUUAAAUUGAUAAAUAAUACUCCAGAUGCUAGGUGAGAUAUUAAAGCAUAAUUAGAUUUAAUCGUUAAUUAUAAUAAUUUAGAAUACUUGAUACAUUUGUUGAUACAAAAACCAGAUUAAGGAAGAUGAAUAUUUUAAAUAAUAGAGAUUUAAUAGAAUCAGUAAAGAAUUAUCUAAUAAGAAGGAAAAUAUCAAGACAAUUGGGUUAAGAAGAAACAGAUUUAGAAAAGAUUUAUGAAUAAUACGAAGUAAAGUUUGAAACAGGAUUUGAUUAAGCAUUUUUAGAUAGUGAUUGUUUUUUAGAUUUAGGUUUAAUAAAGGUACCAACACAUAAAACUAAGUUAUUGUCUUAGGAUAAAUUGUAAGACAUUGGUAAAAGAGCAAUAAGUUAAUUUUAAACCCAUAAUGAAUAAAUGUCAAGAAGAGAUUAAGUAACAAAAUCAUAGUAUGAUUAAAAUUUAUUUUAUUAUCAUGUUGAAGAUCAUAUAGAUUAAAUAAAAAAAGAGAAAGAGGAGACAGAUAAUUUUAUAUAGAAACUUGGAAAAGUAUCGAAAACUACAACUCAUUAAGAAAAAGGAGAUGGUAGAAGAGGAACUUAGAUUCAAUAAUAGAAAAUAACAUAAAUAGAUUAUGAUAAGGAACUUUUGAAGAUAGUAUUGUAAUAUGGAAUUGAUUUAAACUCAACAGAAUAUUUGGAAGAGGAGAUAUAUAUUGCAUUUAAAUAGAAAGCUAAUGAUUUCAUUAAAUCAACAAUAAAUGAGGCAAAAGUGAGACAUAAUCAUAAUAUAGAGGAGGAUCAAUUGAAAAAUAAAUAUUAAAUAAGACCAUAAAAGAAAAGGAUAAGUUCAAUGUUUGAAUAAUAAUUAUUCAAUUUUACAAAAAAUUAUCCUCCUUCAAAAUCAAGAUAUUAGGCAGAGAGUAAAGAACAUACUCUCUAAUCUGAAAAUAAGAAAUUAUAAAUUUUAUAGGAAAGAAUGGAUAUUAAGAAAGAAAAAACUUUGUUAUUAAGUUAAUUUAAUUAAAAAUCAAAGAGUAUUAUUAACAUGUGUAAUAAGGAUGAGCAAAAGCUACUUUAUAAUGAAUUUAUAAAGGAUAUAUAAGUGAUGAAUUUAUAUUUAGAUGAAGCUGUUACAAGAACUAACUUUAACAGAAAACUUUCGUAAUUAGGUUUUACAAAAGAAGAUCAAUUUUUAAUAAAGAAAUAAAUUGUACUACCAGGAAGUAAUGUUAGAAAUCAAUAAGAUAAUGAAUGA